UCAGUCAGUUGUUAUCCUAGCCUUUUGUCACUUCUUAAGAUCCUGUUCCCCUGCUGUGCUUGUUUCCCUGCCUUACACAGUUUUGUCCUCUCGUUGCAGUACCUCUCUGUCUCCUGUACCACGUCUCACCACAAACCACCUUGCUCUGGACUUCACUCACCACCACCACCUUGGAUUCCCCUCAGGACCUGUUUACCCUGUUCAACUCAGUCAACUACAACCUCAGUCUACACUUCGGGUUUUUCUGCAACUCAUCUGAGCUAUCCCGGUUCUGCACUCCAUAUCUCUCUGUGUACAAUAAACAUUUUCGGUUCCUUCAUCCCUGCUUCUGCAUCUUCUGCAUAACAGUACUAUCUGGACAGAAGAUGAACCCAUCAGACUCUCCAGCUCUUCGCCAAAUUCUUGUUGGUCAAAGCACCCUUCUGGACCAACAUGACCAAGCCUUGAAAACCCUGCUGGAGAACAUCAAGGAGUUUUCACGGAGCCUGUCUGACCUGCAGGUCCGAACCUCCGUUUAGAAUUCACAACCUGUCUCCAGUUCCUCUUCUCCACUCCGGGAGCCUUUUGUUCCCGACUCCUGAGCGCUAUGAUGGCAAUCUUGGGCUUUGCAGAGCCUUUAUUGUACAAUGUUCACUAGGGUUUGAGCAACAGCCCUACUCUUAUGCUAGUGAAAGCUCCAAAAUGUAUUUUGUGCCACUGCGGUUUGUGAGAGACAGUCAUCUAUCUGCUUCUCUUACAGUGGAUUCACAGAUGAGAUGAGGAAGGUCUUGGAAAGGAUGCUGCUAAACGACUUCUGUACCUUCGUCAAGAUUCUCAGAGUGUGGCUGAGAUGGCAUGUGAGUUCCGCACCCUCACCGCAGAGAGCGGCUGGAAUGAUGAGGCCCUUCAGGGAGCAUUCCGGAACGCACUCACUGAGACCCUCAAGGACGAGUUGAUAUCCAGAAGCCUGAUGGACUUGAUGAAUUAAUUUCUCUCACUAUCCGCAUUGACAACAGUCUCCGUGAGUGUCGGAGGGAAAGGGGAGGUAGGGUUGCAUGUCCCAUAGCAUCUGCUUCUGUGCCUUGCUCAAAUUAUUCGACUGCAUCACAUCACCAGGCAGGUUCCAAUCCUGAAUCAAUGCAGCUCGGCCGGACUCGUCUAUCUCCAGAGGAGAUCAGUACUAGGAGCUGUCUACUAGGAGCUGUCUAAAUUGUGGCCAGGUUGGUCACCUGGUCUCCACUUGUACCCUGUGUCCAGCAAAAGAGAGGGCUCAGCAUUUGUGGGGGAUAUACUGUUGAGCCAAAUCGCCUGCCCAUCAUCUCCCAGACCCUUGCUUGAGGCCAACCUUGUGUGGCAGAGGCAGGCUUUUCCUCUGACUGCUUUCAUCGAUUCAGGCGCCGACGAGAGUUUUCUGGACCGAGGGGUUGUUAAGCAGUUGGGCCUGGACACUGUUUUGCUUGAUUCACCUCAGGAAGCCAACGCUCUCAAUGGAAAGCUACUCUUCCGUGUUUUGGAGAGAACUGUUCCUGUUAUUCUGCGUCUCUCUGGUAAUCACCAGGAAAAUAUCAGUUUCCAUUUCAUCGACUGUUCUCACUCGCCUCUGGUUCUGGGCUAUUCAUGGUUAAAGCUACACAACCCACAGGUCUACGGGAAGGGUUACUACUUGGAGUACAUUUUGCCAUUCUAAUUCUCUACUUUCUGCCCUUCCUCCUGCCUUGUCCGCACCCCAGUCCAUUCCAGAUCCUCAAGACCUGUCUUCUGCUCCUCCAGAAUAUUGCGGUCUAGCUCCUGUAUUCAGCAAGCACCACACCCCAUCUCUGCCGCCUCAUUGGCCUUACGACUGUGCUAUCGAGCUUCAGCCUGGAGCUCCUCUCCCUAGUAGCAGGUUGUAUAACCUCUCUCGCCCCGAGCAAGAGGCCAUGGGGGAAUGUCAGGCCUUCUUCCUCUCCGGUGGGAACUGGAUUUUUCUUUGUCAAGAAGAAGGACGGGUCACUGAAGCCAUACAUAGACUUCUGUUGGUUGAAUAGUAUCACCGUCAGGAAUAAGUAUCCCUUGCCACUUAUCAGUUCUGCUUUUGCCCCCCUCCAUGGUGCCACAGGAUUUACUAAACUGGACCUUUGGAAUGCCUACCACCUUGUCCACAUCAGAGAGGGAGAUGAGUGGAAAACGGUGUUCAACACACCACUUGGACAUUUUGAGGACCUAGUUUUGCCUUUUGGCCUCACUAACGCCCCAGCUGUUUUUCAGGGCUUGUUGAAGGAUGUCCUGAGGGAUGUCAUUGGGUGUUUUGUUUUUGUCUAUGUGGAUGACAUUCUUAUUUUUUCGAAGAACAUUGAGGCUCACAAGCAACACGUCCACCAAGUUCUCCAAAGGCUAUUGGAGAAUACGCUAUUUGUCAAGGCUGAGAAAUGUGAGUUUCAUGUUUCCUCUGUGUCCUUCUUGGGUUACAUUAUUGCUCAAGGACAGCUACGAAUGGACCCUGCCAAGGUUAGGGCAGUCACAGAGUGGCCUGUGCCCGCGAAUCUGAAGCAGUUACAGUGUUUCCUGGGGUUUGGCAGCUCUAACCGCUCUCACCUCAACCUCUACUCGAUUCCACUGGUUCCCCGAGGCAGCGUUCCGGGAUGCACCGCUUCACUUCUGCUCCAAUCCUUACCCAGCCAGACCCAGAACACCAGUUCGUCCUCAAGGUGGCCGCUUCUGACACCGGUGCAGUACUGUCUCAACGUUCUCCCACGGAUCACAAGUUCCACCCUUGUGCCUUCUUGUCCCGCAAGCUCUCACCUGCAGAGAGAAAUUUUGACAUAGGCAACCAGGAACUCUUAGCUGUUAAGCCGGCUCUUGAGGAGUGGUGUCACUGGUUAGAGGGUUCAGUACUUCCCUUCAUUGUGUGGACGGAUCAUAAAAAUCUAGCCUACAUCCAGACCGCCAAAAGUCUCAACUCUCGGCAGGCCAGGUGGGCAUUGUUUUUUGGAAGAUUCAACUUCACACUCACUUGUCGCCCGGAUCUAAGAAUACCAAGCCUGAUGCCCUCUGUCCUCAGUUCACCGCAGACAAAAGUUCCAAGCCUGAGACCAUUAUGCCAUCCUCCUGCAUCGUAAUGCUCUGUUUGUGCCAGAUUCAGUUUGUUCUGAUGUUCUUCAAUGGGCCUAUUCUACUCACCUCACAUGUCACCCUGGCAUGAACCGAACAGUCUCCUUCCUGCGUCAGCGAUUUUGGUGGCCCACCAUGGAGAGAGACACUCGGGAAUUCAUAUCAGCCUGCUUCAUCCUCUUCCCAUACCUAGUCGCCCCUGGUCACACAUAGCUUUGGACUUCGUCACUGGGCUUCCCCCAUCAAAUGGUAACUCAGUCAUCCUCACUAUUAUUGACCGAUUUUCUAAAGCGGCUCACUUCAUUCCCCUCUCCACGCUUCCAUCCUCCAGGGAGACUGCGGACUGAGGACGGGUGGCAGUAUCUGGUGGACUGGGAAGGAUACGGGCCUGAGGAGUGUCCCGUCGUCAUACUCUAGAUCUCCCCUUCUUACAGGAUUUUUACACCUAACACCCAGACAAGCCGGGUCGUGGCAUCCGUAGAGGGGGGAGGUGUACUGUCACAUCUGCUACUGCUACAACUACGCCCCCUGGUGUCCAUCCGGUGUCGUCCUAACCUGCAGUUCUCUCUCUGUCUCUGUGUCUCUGUGUGUGGUUGGUGUCAGAGCAGAUCCCUACCAGCAUUCUUAAAAUGAAGUGGUGAUCCUAACUGACCUAAGAUAGGGAAUUCUGCAUGUCCUUUAGUGAUUACUGUUGUUGCCUUAGAGUACUCAUUCUAAUGGCUGCUGAGGUUGACAAGUCUUCUCAGUCUGAAUAACUGAUUGAUGAAUACCAGUUGGAGCGGAGUUGUCUGAGCCAAUUAGAAUUCAAUGUAUAACCGUUUUGUCCAAUGGUGGUGUACCAGUGACAUCCUGUCCAUUCCUGAAUCCUUUGAAAUGAUUGGUGAGAGAUCAUGUCCAGUAUGUAGACAAGUCUUUAUGGUAUGGCUGAGAUAAGAUCAUCAUCCUAUAGACUGCUGAGGUUUGCUCUCGGUUUGGAUAUAUCCCUGUCUCUGUCUGUAUAUAUCUGUCUCUCUCGCUCUCUCUCAUGGUUUCACUUUUGACACUCUUGACAAAAACAAUGAAGGAGAUCAUAUUUGCUCUCUCUCGAUUUUCACUUUUGUGCGCAAUCAUGACGGGAAUGAAACGUGACUCCUUCGUUCCGGCGUUUCAUCUGUUUGCCCAAUGUAAAUGAAUGACUUUAAGGUCUGUUUAGAAAUAAUAGUUUUGUUAUGUUUGUAUAACCAAGCAGUAAUUUGGCACUGAACUUUGUAAUGAUCGUUCCUAGCAUUUUGGAAUGGUUGCUAUAAUAAGUGAAGCUUUAUUAUUGGGAGAGAUGGUAAUGUCCUCAGCCUUCAUUGAUCCACACUGAGAAUCCCUGAGCAGGGGGAAAACAUGAGGGCCAAUAUACCCUUGAUUCAUUUUUAAUGAGCCCAGGUCUUUGUUCCACACUCUGCUAUUUCAAUACAGAUUCACAGUCAACACAUUUAAGAUCAUGUUCAGCUUUUGUCUCGUUUAUUCUGGUGGCGCUAGACUUCUCAUCAGAAAUGGACAGGGUGAAAUUAAAAGCGAUCUAGUAAUUGCUAGAAUAUUAAGUUAUAGAACGAUUUGACAAUAUGUCAUGCGUACGGUGCCCAUGUUAUGACAGCCUCAUUCUGCUGUGGCUAGAUCGAAGACUGCGAGCUUGCCAGUCAUUUGCAGUUUUAUCAAGGAUUUAGUAAUCCAGCCAUGACUGCUGUGCUUGCUCUGGUACAUAUCAGCAAAAGCAAUACAUCAUAGGCCAAGCUGUGUGUGAGGAAAUUCAAUUCUGAAAAUAAAAGUCACGAAGCAAGAACAAAAUAACAAUUGUAUUGCCUGAAUGGAACCCUGUGGAAAAACAAAGGAAGGACUGAUAGAUAGUGAAGCAGAGACAGAAUGGCCACAGGCCAGUUCUGGCAAAGGCCAGAUGGGCUGGUCCAUUUUAGCCCAGUGGGCCAGUCUAAAUUGGGGGUUUUGCACAUAAUUAUCAUUAUUUUGGCUAAUAAUUAGCCAUGUCUGGUCCCAGUCAGCCCCUGUAGUGAAGUACUUUGGAUGCCACUGUGUUCUCCACUAUGGGAGUCACCAGCAGCACCACUACUUACCCUUCCAAUGCCCAUUCAGCACCAACAGAGAAGGGGAAUGACAUACCCAAAAACAAGCAGAACAGGUACUGAAAUGUUCAGUUGGUGACUCAUAGAUCAGGGUUGUCAUUUCCCUAAUUUCUAAAUUAAGUAGAUUGAAUAUUAUCUUUUCCAUAAUUGGUAUCUGAAAAUGUAAUCAUCAAUUUAUGCAUAUGAUUUUACAGUGCUUGGUGAUUUAAAAUAUCAUCAAAAUGAACAAAUACAUAUUUCUAUUUGAAUGCUAUAUUUAGCCAGGGAAGUCACAUUGACAUUUAUUUUUAAAGUGAACCUGAACAUGCAUGUGGAUAUAGAGGGGUAUUUGUCCCUUUCAUAAUGUUAUAAUAUGCUGUGCAAAUCUCUAUUUUUGUGAGGGCUUCGUUUUGAGAUCUCUCCACUGCAGUCACUCCAACUCCAGUGCUCUUUGUUCACGGUGAUGUUGCUGUAGUACUGUACCUUGCAAAUGUGAUGAGUGGCCAAUCAUAUUCGUGCUUCUUGUCCCGUAGGAAAUGUGUUGGUGUGAAACCGCUCGCACUGGCACCGGAAGGGCAUGUGUGCCGUGUACGCUCGCAACUGUAGAGGUCCCCCUUUUUCAGCGGGCUGCGUGCACAGCUAUUGCACCCGCUUUUUAUCCUGUGUAAAGAGGAGAGAGUGAGGGGGCAUAUGUACGGAUCCUGCACGACCGCAGACAUGUAUCCUCCGUGAAGUGUAGCGCAAGGAAACUCUAAGAUACCGGGUGUUCUGCGAGAAACAAUGAACAUGUGCGGCUCUAUUUCUGAAUGAGCACAAGGACAUGUGUGAUAUGCGUUGUAGCCUACCUAUAGACCAACAUCAUUCGCACUAUUCCAAUUUCAUUCAGAUUUGAGGGCACAGGUAAAUGACUUAAACUCAUUUUAGGGAAGAAAGAAGACGGUGUUCUGCUGGUUUUUGUGGAAUUUUCGCUCCAGCUGAGAGUCGUGAUGUCUGGCUCAUUUCACACAUUGUUCCUGGUUCUGCUGGGUGUGUUGACGGCAUGCGCCCAGACGGAGAUGAAGAGGGUUGUCGGUGACAAUGCGACACUGCCCUGUCACCACCAGUUCUGGGCAGGUGACGCCCCCACACUGGACAUCGAGUGGCUCCUACUCAAGCCCAGCUCCAAGCAGAGAGUGGUGAUCACCUACUUCGCGGGCCGGGUGUACGACCCCAACGAGGCGGAGGCGGGCCGGCUGUCCUUAGCCGGGGACUACCUCAAGGGGGACGCCUCCCUGCUGAUCAGUGACCUUAGCCUGGGCGACUCGGGAGAGUACAGCUGCAAGGUGAAGAAUGGGGGGAAGUACCAAUGGAGCACGAUCAACCUCAUAGUACAGGUGAAGCCGUCUAAGCCGCGGUGUUGGAUGGAGGGCCGGCUGUUGGAGGGUAGUGAUGUUAAGAUGAGCUGUAAGUCUACAGAUGGCUCUGACCCCAUAAACUACAAAUGGGAGAGGCUGCUGGACAAGGGCAAGUACGUGGGAAAGCUGCCCCCACUGGCCCUCAUAGAUUUGAAAAACUCAGAGAUAGUGACACUGAGGAACCUGACCAAGGAGAGUGCUGGGGUGUAUAAAUGUACCGCCAGCAACGAUGUGGGAGAGGAGAGCUGCACCGUAGAGGUCAAGAUGCACUAUGUGCGGGGCAUGGGUGUGGUGGCGGGUGCCGUGGUGGGCGUGUCCUUCGGUGUCCUCCUCAUCAUUCUCAUUAUUUGGCUGGUGUUCCGCAAGAAGGAGAAGAAGAAAUACGAGGAGGAGGAGACCCCUAACGAGAUCAGAGAGGAUGCGGAGGCUCCCAAAGCCAAACUGGUGAAGCCCAACUCUCUCUCCUCGUCCCGUUCUGGAAGCUCCCGCUCGGGCACCUCCUCCACCCAGUCCAUGGUCCACACCACAGCCCCCCGGGGGCCCCGCGCCCGGCUUCCUGACGUUGCCGCCCUCAAGGAGAACGGCCAGCCCCCCAGCUUCCCCCAACAGCCCCCUGCCUACACACAGGUGGUCCCCAAGACCCCUGAGCCCCGCACAGCCCCGGCCAAGCUCAGCCCUCCCCCAAAGCUAAGCCCCGGGAACCUGGCCCGCAUGGGAGCAACGCCGGUCAUGAUCCCUGCCCAGACCCAGGCCUUUCAGACUGUGUAGGAGGGAGGGAGGGAGAAGUGGAGGGAGUAGACGCAGACAGACACAAGAAGCCCCAGUACACAGCUGAUAGCAACACCCAGCCUGCCCCCAGAAACCCUGUGAAAACCAGCCAUAUCAUCAACUAAAAGUAUCAUUGAGUGCAUUCUACGAAGGGAAUACUUUUGUAGGAGGUUUUGUCUCCUGUACAAACAAAACAGAGCAAAAUCUUUUGUUCGCAUGAUAUCCCAUGACAACAGAACAUUCAUUGUGUUUUUGCCUGAUUUUGCUGACGAGGUCAGUGAUGUGUAUCAUACUCUGACGAGGUCAGUGAUGUGUAUCAUACUCUGACGAGGUCAGUGAUGUGUAUCAUACUCUGACGAGGUCAGUGAUGUGUAUCAUACUCUGACGAGGUCAGUGAUGUGUAUCAUACUCCGAUGAGGUCAGUGAUGUGUAUCAUACUCCGAUGAGGUCAGUGAUGUGUGUCAUACUCUGACGAGGUCAGUGAUGUGUAUCAUACUCCGAUGAGGUCAGUGAUGUGUGUCAUACUCUGAGGUGGAAGAAGAGGAACAAAGGGAGGACCCUGUGUAGAGUUGAGGUAUUUUUAAACCAAACCGACAGAGCCAUGAAAGCAGAAUGGGUUAUGGACAAAGGGAGGGAGGGAGUGAGAGCAAACAGGACUGGAAAAGAGCAAACAAAGGAGAUACACAGGCUGCAUAGCUCAGCAGAGAUCAGGCGAGGGUGUCUGGCUGUCUUACGACACCUGAUACCUGCUACCAACCAGGACAAACCAGACGGCAAACAAGACAAAGAGAGAAAAAAAACUAAAAGAAAGGAAAAGUAAACCUCUCUCUGGAUUUGCCUGAGCACCACACCUACCACACUCACACACUCUGCCACACCGAGCCAAUCAAUAUCUCCCAGGCUUCUUUGCUGGCAUCACAGACCUCCAUGUAAUCUCCUCCGGGAUACCUGCCAAGGCCAGCAGGCAUGGUGAUUGGUUUAGUAAGGAAGAGGGUGCAGGGGAUGCACCGAUUGAUUGACACACCAAUGAGAGUGGAGGAAAGUUUGAUGCUGAUACAAGAGGGAUGUUUGCCUGUGAUUGUACAAAGAUGAUAUAGCUUAAGUAAGAGACUCCACCUAGACAUGUCACCUGUCAUCCUGUACACCUGUACAUGGGUCACUCGCAGCAACACGAAAGAUAUCAAUAUUGAUUUCCCAUCUUUCCUGUGCGUCCAGCACUAUACACUCAACAAGUCUGGACUUAUGUAACGUUAUCUUCCCAUGUUCAUGGACAGCGUCAAUUAAGGCCAUAGGAAUAUAUGACUGUGGUCAUCAUAGGGGAUUAUUAAUGGCUGAAAUAUGUAUUGCUUAAUAUGUAUUGUCUAAUAUUCUACGUUUCCUUUUUUUCUAUUUCAUUUCUUUCAGAUUGCUUCAGAAUGUUUAAAGAUUGUUAUUAAAGGGGUGAACUUAAGCCCUAUCGAUAAAGUGCCACAGUUGAUGUUUGUUGAAGACGGUUAAUGGCAUUUCUGUUUUAAUUUGUGUUGUGUUAAUGACAUUUGCAUUCAUCCAAAAUGAAUGAACUAACAUAUGAAUGUGUUCUAUGCCGUGCAGUAUAUAAAGGGCUGGAUUCAAUUUGUAUCGCCAACUAACGUGCAAGAUCCGCGUUAUAGCUCCAUUUAAAUGUAAAGGCAAUGUUCCCGCGUUCGCGGAGACCGCAUUCACAGUCGGCUGAAUAGAAAAUGACCUUUACAUUUGAAAUACUUCCGCGAUAUAGAUUGAUUCCAGCCCAAAAUCAUUGGAUGAAUCCUUGUUUUUUAAUGAGCAGAGAUUUGCAGCAAUACAUUUAAUCCCCUGCAGUUGAACUGUGUCUGAAAAAAUACAAAAUAUAUUCUGUAUAAUGAGAAAACGAGGGCCAUACACAUCAUAAUAUGAUAUCACAUGCGUUGGCUCAGCACCAUCUUGUGAUUAUAGAAGAACAGUAAUGAUAAUCCUAAAGAGGGCCUUAGGUUAACAUACACAUUUUAAUUGAAUACACCACAAAAAAAGUAUUAUUCACAAAACAUUAAACACCGUUUUACAGUUUUAAAUGGUUAACUCUACGGUACACCUGAGAUUGAUUCCAUUUCAAGCAGAAUGAAAAGGACAAUAGCUUUGAGUGAAGUCUCUUCAUGGUGGCCAAACAGAAUUUAAACAACACUCAACCUCAGUAAAAUAUCCUGGCUGAAAGUGUUGAAUUAUGCCCUACCAUUCUCUGAUUUAAAUGUCAACUUUUGCCUGAGCUUUCAUCUGAUCCAAAUGCGUGACUUCUGCCUAGCGAUAGUCUUCUCUGCCUCUACGCAGAAGCACAUUGGUCCUUCAGUGUUAUGACUGCUUCCUCCAAAGAGACACCCCUGUUAUUCUGGCUCAAUCGCAAUGCAAUGGAUGAGAUGUCAGGAGCUAUUUGGAGUGACUGAUGCUGUGGCGCCCUCCAGGAGAACCCAGCAAACUCAUCUUAGAUCACCCAGGAGGGAGGGCUCUUCUUGUCCAGCGGUGCAGAGCAUAAGAGCACACUCAUAUUCUGGCCAAGGAAAUGGUUCAAACAAGGACGGGUGACUCGAAAAAGGUUCAAAAUGUACCUGUCUUUUCGUGCCUGGUUGAAAUCACCCAGAUUAGUUUGUAUCAAUAAUUGUAUUUUGUAAAGUCGGACUAUUUUUGAUGAGAUUAUUUCAUGAUCGUGGGCAGUUCAAAGAGUGAAAAGAAAAUAGCAAUUUUGUCUCUGUGACUCGAGUACUUCCAGCUUGCCCACUUCUGGUUGAAAAGCACCUUUAAACCAGGAGACGGAUGAGUGGCGAGAUGAGAGGACGACACCUGAGGGAGAGCUCCUGAUUACCCACCACAACCCCCUUUGAAUUUCCCAUUAUACCUUUAAAAGCCAAUACAGGGAGGCCGAUGAUUGAAUGUGGCUCUUACGGCCGUUUGAUGGGGUAGGAUACGCACCGGUAUUGAUUUUUCUGUUAUCUGAGUGGCUCUGUGAAUUCCCCUGGCAGAGGGCUCUGUGUCCUGAAUCAUUAGGGUUUCCACCCUUUUUCGUUUGAAUGUCUUGCUUGGCAGACAGGAGGAAUGGGAAUGCUCCAAACCAUGCUGGGGAUAGGAACAACGUGAACCACAGGCGUUACGUUGCCCUUUCACCAUGUAUCGACUCCAAAAGGCCAUUACCAUAGGUUAACUAGUACCAAACUUGCAUCUUGAUGUCAUUUAUUAGUCUGUCUACUAAAUACCUCCACUAUGGUUUGAGUGAUGGGACCUUUGAUAUCAUGCAUACAGUGUAAUGUUCAAGAGCGAAAGAAUCCACCCAAAGCUGAAAAAUGAUGGAUAUGCAUGUCACAGAUACUUAACUAGAGAAAGAACAAUACUGUAUUUUUGCCUCAAUGCUUAUAUAAAUAUAUAAAUGAUCAUCUUGUACAAAACAAUGUUACAGUUAAUACAAAUGCUAUGACUGUAAAAAAGGAAAGUUAUGUUCAUUUUCAGUUUACUCCUUUGGGUUAAGAAUUCAGUCAUAAGUACUUUGCACUUUCUUAAACUGUGCUCUCUGUGUCCCGCUUGCGUUAAGCCCUUUUCACCAACAGCGUUAGGGGGGAAAUGUUCUCUCUCACUCUAUUUUCUUUGAUUGACAAUGUCAUGCAGUUACUUUGAGUUGUUGUAAACCAAAAAGGAAAUGUACAUACCUCCUUCUCGAGUGAAAAAUGUAUAUUUGUACAAUAUCUGAAUAAUUACUGUUUUGGUUUGUAAUAAAGCAUUUGAUGAAUAGCCA